GAAGGUAGCAACUGCUGCCAUGUAUCUUCAGGGUGAUGCCAAACUCUGGUGGCGGGUGAAGUACGAAGCCAUCAAGGCAGGUGAAGAUGCCCUCGACACAUGGGCGGAACUGAAGGCAGCCAUACGCCUACAGUUCUUCCCCGAAAAUGUUGAGUACAAUGCCAGGAGAAAGUUGCGGGAGCUCCGCCAGACCAAAUCAGUGCGAGAUUACGUGCGGGAAUUCUCCGCGCUCAUGCUGAACAUCCGUGACAUGGGGGACAAAGACAAACUCUUCACCUUCCUGGAAGGGUUGAAACCUUAUGCCCGGAUGGAGUUGCAGAGACAAAGGGUAGACACGUUGCCUAAGGCAAUCCAAGCAGCAGAGUGCCUUGGGGAUUACCAAGUGGAAGCCCGGAAGGAUAGGCCUCAACAGCCUGUCCGAGGAGGAUACAAAGGGGGCCAGCCAAACACUGGUAGCCCUAGCAGAAGUGGAGGAGACCGGAGUGCACCCAAAUCUAAGGCUCCCUAUUCAAACAGUAAUGGUGUUGUAUCUAACAACAAUGAUCGGGGGAGGAAGCCCCCCUCUGGAUGCCGUCAAUGUGGCAGACCACAUUGGAAUAAUGAAUGCCCACAUGCACAGAUGAAUGCCCAUCAAGCUUUUGAGGAUGGGACGGAUUACGACGCUGAUGAUGCGGACCAGACCGAGCCAGUAGGUGCAUUCAUUGCAAUUGUUGGCUCCAUUUCUGAGCCCUUAGCGGGAACCAGUGCCGGUAGCCGCGAAGAAGGACCCCUGUCCAAUUUCCAAGAAAGGAAAAAAGAAUGCGAACAAAAGGACUCCUCCUCAUCAAGAGAGGACCUUAAUGUUCGUUGA